AUGGAUGACCGCGGUGAAUCCGCGGAUGUCGAGUUCAAACGAAUCGCGAAAGCCGUCUCUUCGAACAUCCAAAAGAUCUGCGAAAAUGCGAACCAGAUGCAAAAGAUGAUCAGCCAACUCGGGAGUUCCGACGAUUCCGAAAGCUUCAAAUCUGAGCUACACAAUGUGCAACACUACACAAAGACACUUUCAACGGAUACGAAGGAUAAGUUGAAAGAUAUGAAGGAGUUGCUGACAGAUGUUCCAUUGUCCGAACAGAGAGCGCAGAAGCUGUUUUUGGAGCGACUGACGAAUGAUUUCACAACUGCGUUGAGCAAGUUCCAGGAAAUCCAGAGAUCUGAAGCAGAGCGGGAAAAAGAGCAAGUGAAGAUGGCUCACAAUAGGUCUUACAAACUCCAACCUCCGCCUGGGAGGACAAAUGCGAAUGAGAUACCGUUGGAACCGUCCAGUUACCAGAGGCAGGUUUUCUUGGAUGAAGACGGAGACCUGCAGAAUCUGCAAGACCGAGAAGCUGCCAUCAACCGUUUGGAAGAGGAUAUCCGGGAUGUGAAUGACAUCUUCAAAGACAUUGCGACGCUGGUUCAUGCUCAGGGAGAUGUUGUGGACAGCAUAGAGGCAUCGGUGGAAAGUGCGGUUGUGCAAGUUGACGAAGGGGUUGUACAGCUAAACAAAGCGAGUCAAUAUCAGGCCCGAGCGAGAAAAAAGAAACUGUGCCUCGCAGUCAUCGGAGUUGUGAUCCUGUUGGUGCUAAUAUUGAUCAUCUACCUUUCGACGAAAAACUGAGGCCAUUUUCGUAUAGUUUUUUUUCGGCAAUAAGUGUGAUGAACACGUGACGUUAACGGGAAAAAAAUCUGUAGCUGUUGAUGCAGUGCACAUCUUUUUUUUUUUUUUCGCUGGAAAUCCCCGCGUAAGGAAGUUUUUACUGUGAUGGAUGUGCGCAGGGUUUGCGUAUGAUCAAAUCGUUACGCCUUUCAAAUCCGUGGAACAGUUAUGUGGAGCGUAUUUAUGCAACCCGAGGGAUUGAUUUUUUUUAAUGACUUAUUCAUUGUGAUAACUUCGCAAUCCUUUCACGUGCACGGAUUAAUAUUCGAAAUGCAGUCAUUCCGGAGAGGAAAAAUCGCAAAAAUGAUGAACAUAC